AUGGAUAAAGCGCCAUGCAAUUCUCAGGAUGUUGAAGUGAGAAAAGGGCCAUGGACCCUUGAAGAAGACUUGAUCUUAACCAACUACAUCGCGAACCACGGUGAAGGUGUUUGGAACUCGCUUGCUAAAGCUGCAGGUCUGAAACGUACGGGAAAGAGUUGCAGACUCCGUUGGCUCAACUACUUGCGGCCCGACCUUCGAAGAGGGAAUAUUACACCUGAAGAACAGCUCUUAAUCAUGGAACUGCAUGCUAAGUGGGGAAACAGGUGGUCGAAAAUUGCAAAGCAUCUUCCAGGGAGGACUGACAACGAAAUAAAGAAUUACUGGAGAACUAGAAUCCAGAAGCAGAUUAAGCAAGCUGAAACAUUUGCAACGCAGAGUUCUGACACUAAUGAACAUGGGAGUACUAGCCAAGUUUCCAACACAGCCGACCUAAUGGAGACUUAUUGUCAACCCUGCUACCAAGGAAAUGUGGAAGCUUUUUCUGAAGGGAAUAUACAUCAAGAAUUGAACGAAAACUAUUGGAGCAUGGAGGAUCUUUGGUCCAUGCAAUUUCUUAAUGGCGAUUAA